AUGAUGGAGGGUGACUAUGGGAUAGAUCCCUUUUCUAGUGAGAAUUUAUGGCGGCUCUCCACGUUUACUUUGCAAUCGCUGCAGCCAUUGGAGGCUUUACCGUGGAACGAGGAGUUACCUGAUCUGACAGAUGGAUUCUUCAAGAGCUCGGUCGGUUUGUUUGAUAGCGAGGGUGACAAGUUACAUCAGCUGGAUAUCUUGGGAAACGAACUCGUCGGCGAACCUGAACAGUUACUCGAGCCUAUCACCGAUUCAUCGAGCGAGACCCAAUUCGACGAGCAUGCUACCGAUCCUCACGAUGAUACCUACAAACUGAAAGACGAUAUUGGGUUACUCGACCGUCUGAAUGGGGAUUUGAGUUACAAGCCGCCGCUACAAUCAUGGGAGACUUAUCACAACCGAUCGCACCGUGAACCGGUUUCCGCAUACUUUAGCGAAUCUGGGGCGAGGGGUUUUGAUGCGGCAUUGGAACACCAUUCGGCGAAGAAGAGGGUCAACAUUGCGGGACGACUGGUUCGAAGCGAUGUUUUCUUCCAGGCUCUUAUCCGUCUUGGACUGGGGUGGGGUUCCGCGUUCUUUCGCUACAACGUGGAGGCAAGGAAAUUUGAGAAAGCGUUGGACGAUGUGCGCGUCUCUGGCGUAAGUCUUUCGAUACUCAACCAGAUCACAGGCGAACUGCUCCAAUGUGGAACGGACAUGCAACGAAUACGGGCCUUUGUUCGCAGCACCUCGAUCAAGAAGGCGAGGCUGUCCACUUUGUCGACUUUCGCUAGCACGACAGCUGUGAUUAUUUACACCCUUGAAAUACAAUUGGCAAGUCAGUCGAGACACGCGGUAUCAAUACUCCAGAUCAAGUCCCUGUUCUCGCGAGGCGGCGAAUUGGUUAACGCUCUGGCGGGCAUGGUCGAUGCAGCUGAAAAGGUUUCAUCGGAUGCUCUGGUUAUGUCCAUUAUUAUGCAGGAGGCUGCAUAUCUAUCUCAUAGAUUCGGUUGGAUAGAGAAUCUGAUGCGCGAAGUGGUCGUUCGUGUUACUGAACCUUGGCUCGGGCAUCUGGAGGCCUGGGUCGGACUUCGUCCGGAAACACCUGUAUUGAAUGAAUUGCUAGUGGGAGGCAAAGGCUUUGCGGUGCUGGAACGGCAGGAAGAGAACGGACGAGUCAAGACAGGCCCUGCGAGUCAACACUACAAAUACCGGUCUGAUCAAAUGCCUUCUUUUAUUCCCGACGAUCAGGCACUAUUGAUCUUCGAAAGUGGCAGAAGCUUGCGACUCCUCAAGCAAUCUCAUCCACAACAUCCUCUUGCGAAUGAUAUGGUCCACAAUGCUGAGCCACCGAGGCUUCGCUGUGCGGAUUCUUGGACCGACAUCGAGAGGAUACAGUCGAAGGCCCACGAGUAUGAAUCGCUACUCCGCGCAGAAAUACUCAAGUACAACCGCGGCGAGCGUGUUGAUCCAGACGUUAACAGAGGUAGCACCUCUGAAACCACCAGAAACGACGAUCCCGGCAGUCUUGAGGGCAUAUACGAUCUAUAUGACAUGGAUGAGCAACGCACAACCGGAUUAUUGACCGACCCUGACUCCCUGCAGAAAGAUAAAAUUAGUCUCCUGAGCUUUGACGUCGGACAAUUCGAAAGCCAUGAUAGCAAGUUUGGACCGGAGAUGGCCUCCUCGCUCUAUCUUUCAUUUGCACCACUCCUUUCAUCGCAGGCGCUACUAAUUGACUUCUCAUGUCUUCAUGUGCUGUUCAAAGAACACAAAAUUAGAAACCACCUUACGCUUCAAUGGAGGUACCAACUCCUCGGUGAUGGGUUUUUCGUGUCUCGCCUCUCCCAUGCUCUCUUCGACCCGGAGAUGGAAAGUGGUGAGCGAAAAUCGGGCAUCGUACGCAGUGGCGUGCACACCGGUCUUCGUCUAGGAAGCCGUGAUACAUGGCCUCCGGCAAGCUCAGAGCUGCGCUUGGUGCUUAUUGGACUACUCAGUGAAAGCUACAACGCGGCGGGUGGCUCGAAUGACAUGGACGAUGCCCAGCAUCAUAGAGAAAAGGAACUCCCUGGUGGCUUGAGCUUCGCCAUUCGAGAGCUGACCACUGAAGAAAUAGCCAAAUGCAAGGACCCGAACGCCAUUCAAGCGUUGGAUUUUAUCCGUCUCCAAUACAAACCACCAAGUGUUCUGGAGAUAAUCAUCACCCAACAAUCCCUCGACAAAUACGACCGCCUCUUCAAGCAUCUCCUCCGCCUACUACGCAUGGUCUCCGUCGUCAAAUCCAUCGUCCGCGACUCAACCGCAAGAAACUCCCUCUCGGGAGAUACGCACAAUGUAUUCCAGAAAUUCCGCAUCCACGCGCAACACUUCGUUCUCGCCGUCAGUGACUACUGCUUCCACGUCGGCGUCGGAUCCACCUGGAAACGUUUCCAGGAUACCCUCUCCCGAAUCGAAUACUGUCUCGAUCGCGGUGAUAUUGACAGCACCAUUGAAGCCGCACACUCAGUCCCUAGACUCCGCGAUUACCACGAAGACAUCCUCGACGAGAUCCUCUUCGCAUUAUUCCUUAGCAAACGACAUGCGCAAGCUGCCAAGUUACUCGAGAGCAUCUUCGGGACAAUCCUUGUCUUCGCGCCUAUCUCAAGAAUGGAUGGCAUGAAGGGUGUGCGACAGGAAAGCGAAGCUACUGUUUCUCAUCUGUACAUGACUUUCAGGAAGCAGGCUUCUGCUUUUGUGAAUUAUUUGCGCGGACUAGAUGGGAGUACGGGGUCGGCGAAGUCAGUUGGGAAGGCUGAUGCAACGUUUGCUACGCGUUCAGGGCCUACGGGUGUUUUUGAUCAUCUUCUUUCCCGGUUGGAUAUUAAUGGUUACUAUUGA